UGCACUUCCGCUAGAGCUUUGCUUUUGCCGGAUUUGCCCUACAAGUCCCCGCAGUUGGAGUUUGUUGAUAUCGGGAGAGGAGAUGGCGGCGGCUGUUGGACUGAGGGCUUCUUAUCACCGGGCUCUGAACAAGAUAGAGCUAAUGUUACCACCUAAGCUAAGGCCUCUGUACAACCACCCUGCUGGUCCAAAAACUGUAUUUUUCUGGGCACCAAUAAUGAAAUGGGGACUGGUGGUUGCUGGACUUGCAGACAUGACCAGACCAGCAGAUAAACUAAGUACAGCUCAGUCUGGUGUUUUAAUGGCCACUGGACUCAUAUGGUCACGUUAUUCCCUUGUGAUUAUCCCUAAAAACUGGUCUCUGUUUGCAGUAAACUUUUUUGUUGGCUGUGCAGGGGGAACCCAGCUUUAUAGAAUAUGGAGGUAUAAUCAGGAACUUAAAGCAAAGGGCAUUGAUGUGCCACUGAACGCUGAACCUUGAACAAUGUAAUUUAUCCCAUUUUGGCCUAACGUAUCAAAGUGUUCACUAGAUCAUUUUAACUUAGUUAUAUUAAUGGAAUGUUUGAAGCAUUUCUUUGUUAUUAAAGAUAAUUCUAACUGAGUAUUUUAUUGAAAUGUGUAGUUAAAUCAAUAAACUGUAGUGGGUUAUUUGCAAACUCUUUGAGUAUUACCCUUUUCCCCAAUUAAAUUUUGGGUAAUAUUCAGUCAGUUUGUUGUGGGACAAAUCAAAUUCAUUUUAGUCAUUAAUCCAGGAUGCACACGUUACCCAAGAUUUGAAAAAUUGUUUUCAAGACAAUAUAAAAUUAAAAUUACAAUUGCUUCAGUGUC